AUGGUCGCCGGGAUCGACGGUGGAAUUGGCGGCCACUCGGCCGAUAAGCAACAACCCGCGAGGCCAAUCACUGUCGCGUCGGCGACGGCUGCAGGAGAUGGCGGCGCCGCAGCUUCCUCGCAAGUGAAGGAGGUUCCAGCUGGCGCCGCAAUUUCCGGCGCGAAAACUGGGGUAGCAGCCGCGGCGGGGAGAGGAAACGUGGGAGUGCGGCGAUUGGAGGAACUUGAGUGGGAGAGCACGUUUGUUGACAAGCUUCCUGGGGAUCCAGUCGAAGAAAACCACGUUCGAAUAGUUCGCAACGCGUGCUACUCGCGAGUGCGACCUUCGCUAAAGCUCAAGGACCCGCAGGUCGUCGCCGCUUCGGAGUCUGUGGCUCACCUCAUUGGCCUCGAUCCGAAUGACCUCACGCGCAGUGCUACAAAGGGGCCCACACAUCCCCGCCUCCCCUCUCCACUGCCCUUUGCCCCUCCUUUACCGCGCACUCCCCCUGCCCGCUCCCGUUCUUCCCCUGUUUCUUCCCCUCACGCCUUGCAGCAAGCCCUACGCGCAUGCUACGGGGGGCACCAGUUUGGGUCAUGGGCGGGGCAGCUGGGGGAUGGGCGCGCCAUCACACUGGGGGAAGUGGUGCUGGGGGGGGAAGGCGCGCAGGGGGAGGGCGCGCAGGGGAAGGGGUGGAGGGAGCGGUGGGAGUUGCAGCUGAAGGGGGUGGGGAAGACGCCGUACAGUAGGCACGCGGAUGGGCGCGCUGUGCUGCGCAGUUCCAUUAGAGAGUACCUCUGUAGCGAGGCCAUGGCCGCCCUGGGUGUGCCUACAACGAGGGCGCUCUCUGUUGUCACCACUGGGGAGAAGGUGCUGCGAGACAUGUUCUACAAUGGCAACGCCAAGUUCGAGCCCGGAGCUGCUGUGUGCCGCGUGGCGCCUUCCUUCAUCAGAUUCGGCUCGUUCCAGCUCCAUGCCUCCCGGGGAGGUUUGGACAAGGAGAUGGUUCGGGUGCUGGCGGACUACACCAUUCUGCACCACUUCCCGCACCUGGCCGACCUCCCCGAGCCUCCAGUGCAGGUCCGGGAGCCAGGCUCAGAGGAGGACGAGGAGGUUGGGGAUCCCGAUGCUGUGGAUGUGACGACAAACAAGUAUGCAGCAUGGUUUGCUGAGGUAGCAAAGCGAACAGGAGAGCUGGUGGCGGGGUGGCAAGCAGUGGGGUUCACACACGGCGUGCUCAACACGGACAACAUGAGCAUUCUCGGCCUCACAAUCGACUACGGACCCUUCGGGUUCCUCGACUCCUUCGACCCUGAUUUCACCCCCAACACGUCGGACAUGCCUGGGAGGAGAUACUGCUUCCGGCAGCAGCCUGAUAUUGGGCUGUGGAACGUGGUGCAGCUGGCCAAUACACUUGUGACAGGUGGCAUCAUCGGAGUGGCCGAGGCACAGCACGGGGUGUCCAGAUAUGCCGAGUCCUUCCUCUCAGCCUACCAGCAGCGCAUGGCAGCCAAGCUGGGUCUGCCCGCAUACGACAAGGACCUCACUCAAUCAUUGCUGCAGCUCAUGGCCAAGCAUGGGGCUGAUUUCACCAACACCUUCCGCAAUCUCGCCCGCGUGCCGGCUGAACGAGAAGCUUCAAACGCUGACCUGCUAGCACCAAUGAGGGGGGCGCUGGGGUUGCAGGAAGGGGCAGGGAAGGAGGGGGAGAAAGAGAAGGAAUGGGUGGACUGGCUCCGGCUUUAUACUGCUAAGCUACGGGCUGAAAAGGUUUCAGAUGCUGCCCGGCGAGCAGCUAUGGAUGCAGUCAACCCAGCUUACAUCCUCCGCAACUACCAAUGCCAGCUGGCGAUCGAGGCAGCUGAACAUGGAGAUUUCAGCGUUACACAGCGGUUACAGGAAGUGUUGCAGAAUCCUUAUAAGGAGCAAGCAGGGGCUGAGGAAUUUGCCCAGCCCCCUCCUGAGUGGGCACUCAAGCCUGGGCGCGUCAAGCCAGUCCGCUCUAAUCGCAUUCCUCUCCACGUCCUCGUCCUCGUGAUUUGCGUCGCUCUCUUCCCCGCAAUCUCCGCCGCCGAUUCUAACGCAGUUCCCGUCGCUUCUCUAGUCCGCGGUCCGCAUCGCGACGUGUCCAGGCGCCGCGAGGAAAGCGACAGGCAGCUUCUGCGAAGCUUCGAGGAGCUGUCGGCGGGGACGAUGGCGGCGAGCGGGCGGAACGCGGAGGACAUGCUUCGCGACGCGAUUGAGACGGCAAACUCGCAGCGCAAGACCAUCACCGUCCACCUCACGUCCGACGUCUUAUUAACUAAGCCGCUACCUUCUCUCGGAUUCAACGCGGGAGUGGCGGUCAAGGGCAGCUGCGCGGGUUCCGCCAAAUGCGUGAUCGACGGGCGGCACAAGUACGCCGUGUUUUCCGGCGGCUUCAACUGCUUCAUCUCAUUGGAGCAGGUCACCGUGCGCAACGCCGUCAACGGCGUGCACACCGGCGGGUGCGCCGUCACGGCGCGCCGAGUCACGUUCAUCAACAACGUCGCGCGCACUACCGGCGGUGGCGCCGUGGUCAAUUCCCGCGCCGCCUCCCCCACGUCCGGCGCGCUGCUCUUCACCUUCUGCGAGUUCAUCAACAACACCGCGGAGAGCGGCAACGGCGGCGCGAUCAACGUGGGGCAGGAGCCCGUGGGCGGCCCGCGCGUGCAGCUGGCGGGGUGCACGUUCCGCGGGAACCGCGCGGAGAAGGGCAAGGGCGGGGCGAUCUAUAGCGAGGAUAAUGUAUUUUACAUGAAUUCCGUCAAAUUCGAGAAGAACUAUGCUCUGGUGGGCGGCGGCGCCAUAGCAACGACGGCCAAGAGCCUCACUAUAGUCAAAUCCAUCCUUCUUCCCCCUCUACUGUCACCUUGUCUGCUGUCACAUGCAGUGGUGGGCGGCGGCGCCAUAGCAACGACGGCCAAGAGCAUCACUAUAGUCAAAUCCACUUUCUUUAGGAACGUCGCGGUUCAGCCGCCCACAGGCCGAAACAACGGCGCCGACAGCGGGGGAGGGGCCAUCCUAGUCUCCUCUCGAGAUACCACACUCUCCCUCUGCUCCACCUCCUUUGCUAGUAACCACAACAACAUGCGCUCCCAAGCCGGCGACAUUGCGGUUCGGCAGCUCGCGGCAGGCUCGGGAACAGGCUCGGUGAGCUUCUGCAGCAUGUCCGCGCCUGCGAAUGUGGAUCGCGCUCCGGGGCUGAAGAUCCGAGCCAACUGCAAGGGCUGCACGGGGUGCCUGGUCUACGUGCCUGGUCUACGUGACAACCUGCAGCACAUAACAGGAAUGGUGCGGCUGCCCUCCUACAAGCAGGGCCAGCAGCAGUGCCUUGCCACACAAGUGCAGCAAGCAGACUACUGCAACCUCUGGGCCUACAUUGCCAACAGCGCCUCUUCCUUCCCCUCCUGUUCCUGUCAUAAGUGCCUGGUCUACGAGACAACCUGCAGCACAUAA